AGCUCUAAAACAAGAAACAUUGUUUUCUUUUUCCCGGAUUUUCUCAACAACCAAACGGAGAGUUGAUUUUCUCUGGAUAAAAAUUUGAAUAUUCAUGUGUAACUGCAAAUGAGGUCAAUCAAAGAUGGGUUUCGAUUUCACGCCCACGCCAUAAAAAACGGCAUCACAUCCACCGUCUUCACAUCAAAUCAACUCAUUCAUCUGUACUCCAAACACGGUCUUUUGGCAGAAGCCCAUAAGUUGUUCGAUGAAAUGCCUGAGCGAAAUGUUUUCACUUGGAAUGCCAUAAUUUGGGCUUAUAUAAAAACCCAGAACUUGAAACAAGCGCGGGAGCUAUUUGACUCUGCUUCAAGCAAAGAUUUGGUAACUUACAAUUCAAUGUUAUCGGGUUAUAUAAACACUGAUGGAUAUGAGACUAAUGCGCUUAAAUUAUUCAUUGAAAUGCAAUCAUUGAAUGAUGAAACUCGAAUUGAUGAGUUUUCUUUGACAAGGAUGCUUAACUUGUCCGCAAAGUUAUCCAUGGAGUCUUAUGGGAAGCAACUGCACUCAUAUAUGGUGAAAACUGCAAACAAUUUAAGUGGGUUUGCUGUGAGCUCUCUUAUUGACAUGUAUUCCAAGUGUGGGUGUUUCCGUGAAGUAUGCCAAGUGUUUGAUGGAUGUGCUGGGGUGCUUGAUUUGGUUUCAAAGAAUGCAAUGGUGGCAGCUUGUUGCAGAGAAGGUGAGUUGGAAAUGGGGGUGAAUUUAUUUUGGAGAGACCUGGAGUUGAAUGAUGUGGUGUCUUGGAACACAUUGAUUUCAGGGUAUGUUCAGAAUGGUUGUGAGGAGGAUGCACUGAAGUUGUUUGUUCAUAUGGAGGAGAAUGAAGUGAGAUGGAAUGAGCACACUAUCGCGGGUCUUUUAAGCGCUUGUGCUGGUUUAAGGAGUUUGAAGCUUGGGAAGGAAGUGCAUGGUUGGGUUUUGAAAUAUGAGUUGGGUUUCAACCCAUUCAUAAGCAGUGGCCUUGUUGAUGUCUAUUGCAAGUGUGGUAAUAUGAAGUAUGCAGAGUUAGUUUAUGCGACAAUUGGGACUGGGAAUGCCUUUUCUAUCACUUCAAUGAUUGUGGGGCAUUCCUCUCAAGGCAACAUGGGAGAAGCUCGGAGACUUUUUGAUUCUUUAACUGAGAAGAGUUCUAUCGUCUGGACAGCUUUGUUUACUGGGUAUGUCAAAUCACAGCGAUGUGAAGCUGUGUUUGAACUUUUGAGUGAGUUCAGAGUGAAGGAAGCAAUGGUUCCAGAUGCUUUGAUCCUCAUCAGUGUACUGGGUGCAUGUGCAAUACAAGCUGCUCUUAAUCCUGGAAAGCAGAUUCAUGCUUAUGUUCUAAGAAUUGGGAUUGAACUAGAUGAGAAGUUGGUCAGUGCUAUGGUUGAUAUGUAUUCAAAAUCUGGGAAUAUAAAAUAUGCAGAAAAGAUCUUCCAAAGAGUUACUAACAGAGAUGCAGUCAUUUACAAUAUAAUGACAGCUGGGUAUGCACACCAUGGGCAUGAGAAUCAAGCUAUCCAGCAAUUUGAGGAAAUGUUGGAGAGAGGUGUUAGACCUGAUGCAGUCACCUUUGUUGCACUUCUAUCAGCUUGCCGCCACUGUGGUUUAGUAGAACUAGGGGAGAAAUAUUUUGCUUCCAUGACAGAUUACAAUAUAUUGCCUGAAAUUGAUCACUAUGCAUGUAUGAUUGAUUUGUAUGGGAGGGCUAACCAACUAGAGAAGGCAGUAGCAUUCAUGAAAAGAAUUCCUAUAGAGCCAGAUGCUGUAAUAUUGGGGGCAUUUUUGAAUGCUUGCAGGAUAAACAGGAAUACAAAACUAGCAAGAGAGGCAGAAGAGAAGAUAUUGAGAAUUGAAGGUGAUAAUGGGGCUCGAUAUGUGCAAUUAGCUAAUGUCUAUGCUGCAGAAGGGAAAUGGGUUGAGAUGGGGAGAAUAAGGAGGAAGAUGAGAGAGAAUGAGACCAAGAAGUUUGCUGGUUGCAGUUGGGUAUAUGUGGAAAACAGAGUUCAUAUCUUCACAUCUGGUGAUAGUUCUCACUCAAGUGCAGAGGCUAUAUAUUCUAUUUUACUCAUCUUGACUGCAGAACUAAAUGAUACUGCCCGGUAGAAAAUUAAAACCAGGAUGGUUUGUUAACAGGGUAUUCUGAAUAUCAGUUUGCUAAAUAGAAGGAUGUAGGAUACUUUCUAAACUAAGGUUCCAAGUGGAUAUUCAGUCAGGGAGGCUUGCUAUGCUAGAAGGUUGCAACUGUGGGACUGUUGUUGAUUUAUGGAGAAAGCGAGCAUUUGGAGAAGAAGAUAAUAAUGGAAACCAGCUUGAUCAAAGACAAACAGGAGGAAUGAAAGUCAUAGCACUCAAGAGGAAACCUUAUCCUGAUCUUUUAUCACAGAGGAGAGAUGAGUAAUCAACCUUUCAUCGUCUAGUUCAAUCGGUGCAUGUAUAAUUCCGUCUCUACCAUGCUGCUUUUUCCAGAGUGAAUUUGCAAGUGUUAAAUUAUCCCACCAUGCUGAUCAUCUACAAUUCUUAUCAGCAUCAUCACCAUCACGUUGAAUGAAACAUAAUUUUGGGUGAUUAAAAUACACAAACUAGAAUGCAUGGUUUUUGUUUUUUCAUUAUGUGCAGACUACAAAUAAUCAAGAACGACAGGUUUCAAGGGAUAAUACAAUCGAAGAACCAGCAACAUUUGGAACAACAAAGAGAGCACACAGUUAUUUUGGGUGUUGUAAGGGAAGAGCCAAUUGAACUAUGGUUUCUCUCCUCCACGAGUUGAAUGCAUCCUUGAACAUCAGAAGAACACAAGAAUGGCUUUCUAUGGGAUUAAUCAAGAUGCGAAGUCCAAACAGGCCUUGGAUUCGAUAUGGACAAUGUUUAUGGGCCUGGAACCAGGCCCAAACCCGACGUUGAUAAGUGUUUCGAUGACAAGCUAGUUACAGAAGGAUUGAAAAAUGAUCCGACUAUAAAGCGAAAAAGGAACAAAAUUCAAAUUUUCUUGUGGACACGUACUCCUCUACAGUUGGAUAUCCUCGACUAUUGGGAACCGUACUGUAACGAGAUCAUAUCCUUUUUUAUUCAAACGAGAAAUCAUCGUCUUCAAAAUGUGAAUCUGGAAUUUUAGGGUUUUCUUCGCAAAUCCCCGUUAUGGCCCUUUUCGGAUCCAAUGUCUCAAGCGAGGUUGGAUUGCGGUUGCUCCUUUGUCCACUUGGUUCCAAUGUUGUGGUCCGAACGGCAUGGUAAACUCUAAAUUCAGCUGUUCCGUGGGAAUUGUUUUUCCUGUUUAUUCUACAUUUAAAGCAAUUGAGAAGAAAGAUCAAAACGAGCAACAGAGGUGGCUUGUGUACUGGGCAGGUUAAUGAUAUUCUUUGACUUUCUCUUAGUAUUGUAUGCUGAUCCGUUUUUCUUAAGUUGCUGAAUUCAUGCUCUUUUGCUGUUUCAUGUUGGAAUCAAUUCCUGAAUUAGCAUGGUCAAUGUAUUUCUAUGUUUGUAGUUUCAAAAGAGAGGUGGAAGAGAAGAUUGAGGGAGGGAGGAAGGGCAAUGGAUUGUUUUAAUUUUUUAUACACUUUUAAUUAUUUUCUAGGUUUCCAAAUUAUCAAUCUCUCUCUCUCUCUUUUUUUGUAUAAAUAAAGCUUUAUUCGAAAGAG